AUGAAAUUCCUAAAAGUUGAAGAAUUUUUCACAAAAAAAAAACAAGAUGAAGGAGGGGAAAAUGUGGUAUUAAUAACUGUGAAUUUGCUCCUGCUGUUCUCAAUGUUUUUGUAUGGAAUAAAUUACAUACUAAUGAAGUAUUUUAUUAUGAUAAAUGGGUCUAUAUAUAUAUUUAUUUUUUUGAGAACAAUUCUUACUAUACCAUUAAUGAUUUACAUGUAUAUGUCCAAAAAGUCUGAACCAAAAAAAAAAAAAUUAUUGCAUGAUGUAAAUGAUAAAGAGGCAACAGUUGAAAAGGAUAAGAACCAACUCGACCAGGAGUUAUCAAAAGUUGAAGAAGAAAAUGAAAAUAAUAAAAAAAAGAGUACCAAAAAUAGUAUGCUUGAGGAGAAUAAAAAAAAAAAUAGUAAUAAUAGUAAUAAUAAUGAUAAAGACAACAAGGAUAGUAAAGUGGACUAUAUGACACAGGACAGAGAUGGAAAAAACAAUGAUUAUAAUGAUGAUGAUAAUUACGAUAGCAACAAACAUGAAACACGUAUUAAUAUAGAAAAUAAGUGUUCCAGUUAUUUUAGUACUUUAAUAAAAAAUGAUGAAAAGUUAAUACCUAAAAUAGCCUAUAUGCCUAUACUUAUAUUAUCCAUUACAGGAGCUUUGAGACAGGUUAUUGUUAUAAUUGCUUUGCAGUAUACAGAUUCACAUAACGUCGCCAUAAUACAGCCGACGAUACCAAUAUUUACAGCACUAAUGUCUUACUAUUUAAAAAUUGAAAAGAUGAAUUAUAUCACAUGUUUUUCAAUUUUCUUAUCCUUUUUUGGGUUAGCUAUAACAGCUGAAAUAUGGAACAUGGGUUCUUUUGAUUUUGGUUUUCUCUUAUUAUUAACUGUCCCUGUUACUAAAGGGUUACAAGUUAUAUAUAUAAACAUUGCCACUAGAUAUGUAAGUAAUGAUGUAAUUCAAUUUUCUCAAAUGGCUGUUUUGUUCCUAAUAGCUGUGCCAUUUGGGAUGCUUGGAGAAAUGUUUAUUAAUGAAAAUUAUAAUGUCAUUAGCGAAGUAUAUAAUGUAACUACAAAUCAGUUUUUAUGUAUCCUUUAUUCAACACUUGCUAUUAUUUUUCUCUGCUGGAAAAUACAAAUUAUCGCAUUAAACUACCUUACACCUGUAACAGUAUCUCUAUAUCAGUCUUUUCAGCCCUGUUUUACUUUUGUUCUGGCUAGACUAUUUCUUAACGAGACUAUCAAUUAUAAUAAGUAUGUCGGAACUGUUUUUAUUGUUAUUUCAUUACUCCUUUAUCAGUAUGGAUGUACUAAGGGACAGAAAACAUAA